ACACACAGAAACACAAACACGAAGAAAAAAUCAAAACUUGAACUGAAUUCAUACCGCUGCUGAAUAAAUCCAGAGAAGAUGAAAAAUUGAGGUUCCAUUUUCACGCGCCAUGACUUUGAGUGUGAACUCAGACACUUCUUCUUCUUCACCACCCGUUCUCGACUGGAAAUUCUCCCAAGUCUUCGGCGAUAAAUUCCCCGGAGAAGAUGUCCAAGAUAUUGAUAUUAUCUCGGCAAUUGAUUUCGACAAGAAUGGAGAUCAUCUCGCCGUAGGCGAUAGAGGCGGCCGCAUCGUCAUUUUUCAGAAUAAGGGCGGUAAACAUGAUGCAGCUAAGUUCACUUCACGGAACGAGUUAGAGCAACUCGAUUAUGCUGUUUCAAAGCAUCCUGAAUUUGAGUUCAAAACCGAGUUCCAAAGUCACGAGCCCGAGUUUGAUUAUUUGAAGAGCAUCGAGAUUGAAGAAAAGAUCAAUAAGGUCAGGUGGUGUGCAACGCCAAAUGGAGCUUUGUUUAUUCUCUCAGCAAACAAUAAGACUAUCAAAUUAUGGAAGGUCAAGGACCACGAAGUUAAGUCAGUCAAAGAAAUGGAUACCAGACAAUCUGUAUCUUCAGAGAAUUCACUAUUGGCAGAAACGAGUUUUAUUAACGGGCAAAAUACGAAUUUUGCCAAUGGUCAUUCUUUAGAAUGGACAGGAAACAAGGAGAAUGGCGUAGCAUCAUAUAAUGGAGAUCAGAACAAGAUAGCAAGUUUAGAUGAUGCCACUAUUGCAAGAUGUCGGAGGGUGUAUGCACAUGCUCAUGAUUUCAAUAUCAACUCUAUUUCGGUUAACAGUGAUUGGGAGACAUUUCUUUCUGCAGAUGACCUUAGAAUAAAUUUGUGGAAUCUUGAAAUCAGCAAUCAGUGUUUUAAUAUCAUUGACAUGAAGCCUGUGAACAUGGAAGAUCUUAUAGAGGUGAUCACAGUAGCAGAAUUUCAUCCAUUUCACUGUAAUCUGCUGGCUUACAGCAGUUCAAGGGGAUUUAUUCGGCUUGUAGACAUGAGACAAUCAGCUAUAUGUGAUCACAAUGCAAGAAUAUUGAAAGAUGAGGAAUCCAGUGGGCCAAAAUCAUUCUUCAAUGAGAUAAGUGCAUCGAUAACCGAUAUGAAGUUUGCGAAUGAUGGAAGGCAUAUUUUGACCCGCGAUUAUAUGAAUCUGAAGCUUUGGGAUAUGAAUAUGGAAAGCAGUCCAGUUGCAACAUAUCGGGUUCAUGAGAACCUACGCCCUAAGUUGUGUGAUUUGUAUAACAGUGACUCAAUCUUCGAUAAGUUCGAGUGCUGCCUUUCGGAAGACAGCCUUCAUUUUGCAACUGGAUCUUACAGCAAUCAUCUGCGCGUCUUUUCACACGGAAGUGGGAAAGAAGAAGGAUUAACCAUUGAAGCCGCUAGAAAACCAAAUAGGAAGCAGCAUGCCCAGACCACAUCAAGAGCCCGAAGAUCAUCUUUGAGCAACUUGGCUAGAGGAUUUUACCGACAAGGAAACGAUAAUCACGGGGCUGGAAGUAAUGAAUUUUCGUACGAUUUCAACUCGAAGGUGCUGCAUAUGGCGUGGCAUCCGACAACUAAUUUGAUAGCGUGUGGUGCUGGGAAUAGCUUGUUCAUGUAUUAUGCCUAAUGUGAAUAUAACUAUGUACAGAAUAUUCAACUGCUUAGUAAUUGGCUUCUCCUUUUAAUGUAUAAUUACCAUUUUGUUAGAGGAUUAUCGUGUUCAUUUCGGAUUCUGCAAUAUAAAGUGUAAUGCAAUUGUAAAAAAAAUAAUCUCAGCUAGCUUCCACGUUUC